CAGAAAAAAGCAAGCUGACUAACAUAUCUCCAAACUUCAUAAUUACCCCUCCUACUAGCAGAGACCAGAAAUUGUAUUUGUGGUUACUGAGUCAUUGCCGUGAAAGAAGUACUUUCAGUUUCAUCAGGCUCUGAUGCCAUUACAAAGGUGGUUUACCUUCUAAUUAUUUGAUGACUGAGAAAAAUCCAGAAAGCUACACAACACUGGAGGGGUGAAAUAAAAGUCCAGCCAUCCAGUGAAAGAAAAGAGAAGUGACAGAAACAACUUUACCUGGACUGAAGAGAAAAGAACAGACAAGAGAACAAUACCCUGGACAUGGCAUCAGAGAUCCACCAGACAGGUCCAAUAUGCCUUAUUGAGAACACUAAUAGGCAACUGGUGGUGAAUCCAGAAGCUCUGAAGAUCCUGUCUGCCAUUACACAGCCUGUGGUGGUGGUGGCGAUUGUGGGCCUCUACCGCACAGGCAAAUCCUACCUGAUGAACAAGCUGGCUGGAAAUAACAAAGGCUUCUCUCUGGGCUCCACAGUGAAAUCUCACACCAAAGGAAUCUGGAUGUGGUGUGUGCCUCACCCCAAGAAGCCAGGACAUACACUAGUCCUGCUUGACACUGAGGGCCUGGGAGAUAUAAAGAAGGGUGACAACCAGAAUGACUCCUGGAUCUUCGCCCUGGCCAUCCUCCUGAGCAGCACCUUUGUGUACAAUAGCAUGGGAACCAUCAACCAGCAGGCCAUAGACCAACUGCACUAUGUGACAGAGCUCACAGAUCGAAUCCAGUCAAAAUCCUCACCUGGUGAGAACUACGAGGUUGAGGAUUCAGCUGAUUUUGUAAGCUUCUUGCCAGAUUUUGUGUGGACAUUGAGAGAUUUCUCCCUGGACUUGGAAGUACAUGGACAAUCCCUCACAGCAGAUGAGUACCUGGAGUACUCCCUGAAGCUGAAGCAAGGUACCAGUGAAAAAGAUAAAAAUUUUAAUCUGCCCCGACUCUGUAUCCAGAAGUUCUUCCCAAAGAAGAAAUGCUUUGUCUUUGAUCGACCUGUUAAUUCCAAGAAGCUUGCCCAGCUCGAGAAACUGCAUGAUGAAGAGCUGGACUCCGAAUUUGUGCGACAAGUAGCAGACUUCUGUUCCUACAUCUUUACUAAUUCCAAAACUAAAACUCUUUCAGGAGGCAUCAAGGUCAACGGGCCUCGUCUAGGGAGCCUGGUGCUGACCUAUGUCAGUGCCAUCAGCAGUGGGGAUCUGCCCUGCAUGGAGAACGCAGUCCUGGCCUUGGCCCAGAUAGAGAACUCAGCUGCAGUGCAAAAAGCCAUUGCCCACUACGACCAGCAGAUGGGCCAGAAGGUGCAGCUGCCCACGGAAACCCUCCAGGAGCUGCUGGACCUGCACAGGGACAGUGAGAGGGAGGCCAUUGAAGUCUUCAUGAAGAACUCUUUCAAGGAUGUGGACCAUCUGUUUCAAAAGAAAUUAGGGGCCGAGCUAGACAAAAAGUGGGAUGACUUUUGUGAACAGAAUCGGAAAGCAUCAUCAGAUCGUUGCUCAGCUUUACUUCAGAACAUUUUCAGUCCUCUAGAAGAAGAAGUGAAGGUGGGAAUUUAUUCUAAACCAGGGGGCUAUCGUCUCUUUAUUCAGAAGCUACAAGACCUGAAGAAAAAGUACCAUGAGGAACCGAGGAAGGGGAUACAGGCUGAAGAGAUUCUGCAGACAUACUUGAAAUCCAAGAAGUCUAUGACUGAUGCGAUUCUACAGACAGAUCAGAUUCUCACAGAAAAGGAAAAGGAGAUUGAAGCGGAACGUGUGAAAGCUGAAUCUGCACAGGUUUCAGCAAAUAUGGUAGAGGAAAUGCAAAUAAAGUAUCAGCAGAUGAUGGAAGAGAAAGAGAAGGGUUACCAGGAACAUGUGAAGCAAUUGACUGAAAGGAUGGAGAGGGAGAGGGCUGAGUUGCUGGAAGAGCAAGAGAGGACUCUUACUAGUAAACUUCAGGAACAGACUCGACUACUGAAGGAGAGAUGCCAAGGUGAAAGCACCCAACUUCAAAAUGAGAUACAAAAGCUACAGAAGACCCUGAGGAAAAAAUCCAAGAGAUAUGUGUUCCAUAAGCUAAAGAUCUAAACAAUAGAGCUUUUCUGUCACCCUGACCCAAGGCAUAACUGAAACAAUUUUAGUAUCUGCAACAAGUAUCACUACAUUUGAUAAGAAUUAGAUCUUGCAUGAUAACACUAAAAGUUUAUAAGAACAUGCUGUUCAAUGAUCAAAAUCAUGUUUUUUCCUUAAAAAGAUUGUAAAUUGUGCAACAAAGAUGCAUUUACCUCUGUACCAAGAGAGGAGAGGUCAUGAA